UACGGCGCCUCCUAACAAAAAGGGAUCGAAACAAAAAAAAACAAUGGAGAAGGUGUGGAGUGUGGCGGAGGCAGAGACCACGUGCACUCUCUUCUCUUCUUCUUCUUGUUCGUUUUCAUCUUCCUCUCUUCAUCUGCCAUUAUUAACUCCCUUGACCCCACCUUCCUUCUCCUCUUCUAACUCCAACCUACCCUCUCUUCCCUCCUUCUCUUUAAACCCUUCUCUCUCUCUCUCUUUGUGAUUGUUUAGGUAAAGGCCCCAAAAUUGUGGCGUUCUGUCUGAGAUGGUCUUUUGACUCCUCUCUACACCUACAAGAUAUAUCAGAAGCUUAAAGGACAGUAACAAUGGCUGGCUCGGUUAACGGGUACCAGAGUGCUGUAGGACCUGGUAUUAAUUAUGAGACGGUGUCUCAAGUCGAUGAGUUCUGUAAAGCACUUGGAGGGAACAGGCCGAUCCAUAGUAUUUUGAUCGCUAACAAUGGGAUGGCAGCUGUGAAGUUUAUACGUAGCGUCAGAACAUGGGCUUACGAAACAUUUGGCACUGAAAAAGCCAUAUUAUUGGUGGGGAUGGCAACCCCUGAAGACAUGCGGAUCAAUGCAGAGCAUAUCAGAAUUGCUGAUCAAUUUGUGGAGGUUCCGGGAGGAACCAACAAUAACAAUUAUGCUAACGUUCAGCUAAUUGUAGAGAUGGCUGAAGUAACACGCGUGGAUGCAGUUUGGCCUGGUUGGGGUCAUGCAUCUGAGAACCCUGAGUUACCUGAUGCCCUAGAUGCCAAGGGAAUUAUAUUUCUUGGUCCCCCAGCAGCUUCAAUGGGAGCGCUAGGAGAUAAGAUUGGUUCUUCGUUAAUUGCACAAGCUGCUGAUGUACCCACUCUGCCAUGGAGUGGUUCCCAUGUUAAAAUACCUCCUAAUAGCAACUUGGUAACCAUCCCCGAGGAGAUCUACCGGCAAGCAUGUGUCUACACAACUGAAGAAGCGAUUGCUAGCUGUCAAGUUGUCGGUUACCCAGCGAUGAUCAAAGCUUCAUGGGGUGGUGGCGGAAAAGGCAUUAGGAAGGUUCAUAAUGCUGAUGAGGUUAGGGCUCUAUUCAAGCAAGUUCAGGGUGAGGUCCCGGGGUCACCAAUAUUUAUAAUGAAGGUUGCGUCACAGAGCCGGCAUUUAGAGGUCCAGCUGCUCUGUGACAAGUAUGGAAAUGUUUCAGCUCUGCAUAGCCGCGAUUGUAGUGUCCAGAGAAGACAUCAAAAGAUCAUCGAGGAGGGUCCAAUUACUGUGGCUCCUCCAGAAACUGUCAAAAAACUUGAGCAGGCAGCUAGAAGGUUGGCUAAGAGUGUUAACUAUGUUGGAGCUGCUACUGUUGAGUAUCUCUACAGUAUGGACACUGGGGAGUACUACUUCUUAGAGCUUAACCCUCGCUUACAGGUUGAGCACCCUGUAACUGAGUGGAUUGCUGAGAUAAAUCUUCCUGCUGCCCAAGUUGCUGUGGGGAUGGGAAUUCCUCUCUGGCAAAUCCCUGAGAUAAGACGGUUCUAUGGUAUAGAACAUGGUGGAGGUUAUGAUUCUUGGAGAAAAACAUCUGUCGUAGCCCCCCCUUUUGAUUUUGAUAAAGCUGAAUCUAUAAGGCCAAAAGGUCAUUGUGUGGCUGUACGUGUGACAAGCGAGGAUCCUGAUGACGGGUUCAAACCAACCAGCGGUAGAGUACAGGAAUUGAGUUUUAAGAGCAAGCCAAAUGUAUGGGCGUNUCGCACUACAGUUUUGUGUUGGAAUCUAUUGAUAGGUUCGGGCUUGAAAAUUGAAUAA